CACUUCCGGACUUCAGCGUGGGAGGUACGAAUUGCAGAUGAUCAUAGGAUUGUUCAGACAGUAAAUGGAAGAUGUCAGUCACUCUACACACAGACCUGGGAGACAUGAAGCUCGAGCUGUUCAUUGAGCAGUGCCCAAAGACUUGUGAAAACUUCCUCGCCCUCUGUGCCAGCAACUACUAUGAUGGAUGUAUAUUUCACAGAAACAUCAAGGGAUUUAUGUUGCAGACUGGCGAUCCCACAGGUACUGGAAAGGGAGGCACCAGCAUUUGGGGGCAACACUAUGAAGAUGAACUCAGAGAUGCAUUGAAACAUAACACAAGAGGCAUUUUGUCAUCAGCAAACAAUGGCCCUGAUACAAAUGGAUCACAGUUUUUCCUAACAUACUCAAAACAACCUCAUCUGGAUAUGAAAUACACAGUCUUUGGAAGAGUGAUUGAUGGCUUUGAUACACUGGACGCCCUGGAGAAACUUCCGGUAAACGAGAAGACAUUCAGGCCAACAAGUGACAUCAAGAUCCGAGAUAUCACUAUUCACGCUAACCCUAUGGCUGGAUGAUAAUAAACCGUUGUGUCAUUGGGAUCAGUAUCAUGUCAGGCGGGUCUUGCUUCACAGCUGUUUUACGUUCAAGAUUAUGGCACUGAUAUAGCAAUAGCUAUCUGUGGCUGCUUGUACUAUUUUGGACUAAUGUCGCCUUUACAGUGCUAGCCUCUGAAAUAACAUGACUGUUUAACAUGGAUACCCCACUCAGUACACAGUAUUCUGACUCUGACCCAAUCAGUCCAUGUUCUUUUUUAAGAGGGGCGGUCGGGUAGCCUAGUUGUUAAAGCGUUCACUUGUCACACUGAAGACCCAGGUUCGAUUCCCAAAAUGGGUACAAUGUGUGAAGCCCAUUUCUAGUGUUCCCCGCCGUGAUAUUGCUGGAAUAUUGCUAAAAGUGUCAUUAAACCAUACUCACUCACUCACUCACUGACUCACUCUUUUUAAAGAAGAAAAUAAAAUAUAAUAAAUAUUGCUUUUUUCCACCUACCAAUGAGGAAUGUUUAACAAAUACAAGAAACCAAACAUUCUGUCAAAUCCCAUGUUUGCCGAAAUUAUUAUACAUUAGGUAACUUCUAUUUGAAAAACUAAACAAUGCAGCAUUAGUGGGUUUGCAUUUGAUUUCUUUUCCUAUUUCAAUGGAGUAGUUCAUCUACAAAAUGUCUUCUACAUUCGAUCGUUUCACUGAUAUGGACUACAAGUCAUAGUGGGAGUCAUGUUUAUGUGAAACUGGACUCUCCUCUAAACUCGGUACAGCCAUAGCUCUUUCCCAGCUGAGAGUGUUAUGGAGCAAUGGAGCCUUUCUUACUAGUGAUGUAGUGAUUGGUCCUAAUCAGUGAUUGGUUGGUUGCUCUGUCCAUGUGCAGUGAUUGGUUGUUAGUGAAGGCAGCAUGUGGGAAGCUGGAUUCAUGGGGGUUAAUGUCAUGGGAGCACUGUACAUCAUGUCAUUAUAUCAGUAACAUGUAAAUAUAUGUACAUAUAUAUGUGUGUGUACAAAAUUGAAAAUAAAUCUUUAAACAUC